AUGAACAUCCCGCCUCAUGAAAUUGAUGCUUCGCACCUAGCUGGUCCUAUUUAUGUUUCUUCGUGGGGAUAUAGGCGGGAUCAAAGCUUAAUGGAGCCAAAGGUUUCCAUGUCUUUCUUUGAGAACUUUGCUUAUCCAGGGACUUGUUCAAGUGCCGGCCAAGAGAUCAUUUUGUGGCUUGAUGAAAAUGAGGCAUUGCACUUAGAGAAUCGUAGUCUACGUGAUGAAUUCAAGAAGAUAUCUGAUCUGAUUAAUCUGUUUGUGGUGUUGUCAAGAGGAGUUGCUCGUAACAUGCAAUUGUUUCAUGAUCGGCAUGUGGAGCUUGUGGAAAAAGUUGCUGAGUUGGAAAAGGUUAUGCCAAAUAUGGGAACAACAUCUUAG